AUGAACAUUCCGCAGGAUGCGGGUAAUCUAGACAAGGGAAAGGAAAUAAAGAGAUGGAAGAUAGAAGGCAGAAGAACUCAGGGGUUUGUAGCUUCCAUUCCUGGAGAUAGUGAGGACUCAGAAGAAGAGGAUGAGAAACAUCGAUUUAGCGGAUAUGAUGUCAUUGCUAUUCGUAUCGCUAUUGCUAUCGCUAUUGCUAUUAUCAUGUGUCUACUCCUUCAACCAAAGGUUCAAAAUAAUAUUCAUGCCGAGACGCAUUUUGGCGUCGAACGAUUUCAUCACAUUCAACUUUCCGCAAGGGAGCCCGAGGAACUAUCAAUUGAAUUUCUUGAGAGUCCCCUAAUUCGAGGAACUCACUGUGAAAGGAAGGUCUUGAUAUUUGUUAACUUCCCGGUCAAGGCAGCAAAAAGACAAACUUUCUUUGCCGUUGCUGUUGCAAUCUUUGGGAUUAGUACUGUAUCUGCAUCUGCGACUGAAACGGACGGAUAA